UACAGCCCUCCCCCCGUCGCCGAGCAGCUGGGUGAAGCCUAAGCUGUGCAGCUAGUGGUGAAGGGGGUAUAGGAACAAGCCAAAGAAGACUAGGAGCCAGCGCCGUGCCGCUGUGUGCCCACCCCUCGUCUCCCGGCACCAAGGCUGCUGGAGCCCAGGGUGUGUUUUCCUUGUCCCCGCCACUUUCCAGUCCCUGGCCCAACAUGAUACUGACCAAAGCCCAGUACGACGAGAUAGCCCAGUGCCUAGUGUCUGUACCGCCUACCAGGCAGAGCCUGAGGAAGCUGAAGCAGAGGUUCCCCAGUCAAUCGCAGGCCACUCUGCUGAGCAUCUUCUCCCAGGAGUACCAGAAACAUAUUAAAAGAACACAUGCCAAACAUCAUACUUCAGAAGCGAUUGAAAGUUAUUAUCAGAGGUACCUGAAUGGAGUGGGGAGAAAUGGAACUGCCCCAGUGCUCCUGGAGCUGGCCAAUGAGGUAGACUAUGCACCCUCAUUAAUGGCUCGGAUUAUACUGGAGAGAUUUCUACAAGAGCAUGAGGAAACUCCACUGCCGCCAUUUGUCAAAGUCAACCUUCUGAUUGCUUUGGACCUACUGCUAUCCACGUCUUGUCAAAAUAGUAGUCGGCGCAGUCUGAAGCAGGUAGACCGGCCUCUACAGAGCAGCAUCAAACACACUAAAACAGAAUUCAUUGGCUUGUGA